UUUGCCGUGGAUGCUGGGAGGUUUGAAAACGAAAGUCACCAAUCAAGAGAUAUUAUUGCAUAAUCUCUUGCACUAAUGACAACACAUUCUUCCGACCUUCUCAGGAUAUACCUGCUGAGAAUUCAAUUUGAUCGUUGUCUUCACAUCCAUGUGUAUUUUGAUGGUGUGUUCUAGUAGUCUAUAGGCACGGUUCCCACCAACGUACAAGCCAGAGAGAUUUAAUAAUUGUUUAAGCUUAUUAAACAACCAUGACGGAGUGGAAGGAAACUUUUUUGAGUCCAUUGACAAUCAUCUAUUUUCUUUUCCUGAGUACCACGAUAUCGGUCGAGAGUAAACACAAAGCGAAAGUACUCGUGCUUGGAGCAGGUUUGUCAGGCGUGACCGCAGCUAAAACCCUAAUAGACAACAACAUCACAGAUUUCUACGUGAUCGAGGGCCGAGAAUACAUUGGUGGAAGAAUUCACGACAUCCAGUUUGAAGGUCUAACCAUAGAGACUGGUGCAAACUGGCUUCAUUUACUGGACGACGAAGAUUCGGCACCUCUGACAAAACGGAAGGAAGAAACAAGUAUUGGAGGUGUUUGGUGUAAUUAUUCUGACGUCAUCAUGAGAGACGAGAACGGCCGAGACAUCACAGACUGGGAAAUUGUGCGUAGAUUUGACGUUGAAGUUGAAAAAAAAUUAGAAAAUUUCCAGAAAGCCAGAAAAGACAACAACCUACCUGACAUUCCAGCGCGGGUUGGCUUACAGUUAAUGGGAUGGAAAAGUCGUCAACCGAUUGAAAAAGUGCUUGAAUAUUCGAGACUUGACUUUGAGCAUGCCAAGCCACCUGAGUUAGUUUCAUUUUAUCAGCUUUUCAGUCGAGGAAGAGACUUUUUUGUUUCAGACUCAAGAGGAUUAUGGUCUCUGUAUGAAGAUCUGUACAUACCUUUAGAAAAACAUAUCUUGCUCCGGGAAACCGUUGAAAAGAUAUCUUACUUUAGUGACUCGGUGGAGGUUCAAACAAAAAGUAACAAAACUUUUGUAGCGGACUACGUUCUCUGCACAUUCAGCUCUGGAGUCUUAGCCAGUGACACUAUCACCUUUGACCCUCCCCUCCCAGAGUGGAAGCAAGAGGCAAUUUACAAAAACCCCAUGUCCGUGUAUACGAAAAUUUUUUUGAAGUUUCCAAGAAAAUUUUGGGAUGAUCAUGAAUAUAUUUUACACGCUUCUAAAACGCGCGGCUACUUCCCUAUACUCCAGGAUUUGGACAGACCGGGAAUGUUGCCAAGUGGGAGUGGAAUUUUACUGAUUACUGUAACUGGAGAUGAAGGAAGAAGGAUUGAGAAACAAACAGACGAGGAAACAAAAGCUGAGAUUAUGACUACAUUGAAAAAGAUUUAUGGAGAGGAAAUUCCUUAUCCAUCAGCAAUAUUUUAUCAUCGCUGGUCCAAAGAUGAGUUCGCACAAGGUUCGUAUAGUGAACCUGUGGUUGGUACAACCUCACAGGACUUCAAAAACCUCGGGAGAAAACUGGGUCGACUGUAUUUCGCGGGAGAAGCGACCAGCGAAGAAUGGUACGGGUAUUUGCAAGGAGCUUACCUGAGUGGUAAGGAGAAAGCUCAGAUUAUCGCUGGUAAUGUUAAUGACGUGCCUCCUCUGAUGGAUAGCCUACUCGAUAUUCAUGAGGAACUGUAAAGUAAUCAUAGCUUUAACUAUGUUUUAGGCCUAUCGUUUUAACUGUCGGUCUUAAAAUCUGCGCUUUGAAUAAUUUUUUUAUACCACCCAGGCUA